AUGCUCUUGGCGAAGCCCGAGCUCUACCAGGAUCUCUGGGCUGAUGCCCGCAUGGCUGAGGUGGUGCAAUACCUUCGUGGAUCCAAAUCUUUAGAACUCGCGAGCUCAUGGAAGAACCCUUUCAAGGUGGAGUGGCACCGGCUGGUGGAGUAUGCUAUCAGGAAGAGCAAGUCCAACGAGCUGAUCAUCACCUGUGGGUGGUACACCCCACAGAAAAUGAAGUCGGAGCUUGGUUUCGACAAGCGUGAUAAAUACGAACGGAACAAGUUGGAAUAUUGGGUGGAAGAGAUGACGAAGGGUCAACUCAAGCUGCUCCAGGAGGAGUACAUGCAACAGAAGCUUCAGAUGUCCUGUGACAUUGACCCCCUCGCAGAGCCUGGAGAUGGUAACAUGGACUUGGCAGACUGCAAGGACAACGGAUCCUCAGACACAGACACCUGCAGCGAGUGCAAUGAGGACAGCGAUAGUGAGUCGCAGACAACCCCAAAGAAAGGACGCAAGAACAAGAAAGCCACGAAGGCCAUCGAGAACGCGGGCACCGUGCUUAACCAGCUCCUUCGAAUCCAGGCUCGAGUGGACAUCUGCGCCGAGAAGCUUGAGAAGCUUUCCGGGUUCUACGUAAAGUACACGCCAAUCUUUUCUUGGGCACUUCCCAGGGCCCUCGCGACGAUGAAUGGCUACGCUAGCUCCCUGUCCGGCUACCAUGAUGAGAUUGCUGAGAUCAAAUCCUCCUACACCGCCUCCCGCAAGACUAUUUGCCAGAAGUCCUUGGAGAGACUCAGGGACAUUGUGAGGGAGACUGAGAAAACGUGCGCAAGGUUCAUCAUGGAAGAGACGAAGCUCAAAAGGACUCUGCUGAAGCCCCCGAGCAAGAAGGACUUGACCGCAAAUGAUGAGGGCAGUCAGGCGAAGCGGCAACGCUCAGCCGGUCCUGUGGCCCGUUCAAUUGCAGAAUGUGUGGCGGCCUGGCAGGAGGAUCUCACGAAUUCAUUUGACAACGGGCUGGUCGCCUGGUCCGACAUUUUUUGCGAGACGCCCCAUGUUCUGAUUGUCCGAGUGGCAUUUGCCACCUUUGCCGCGCUGGUCAAAUCGGUUGUUCUCGCUGAUUCUGAUUUCUUGAGAGCUGGGGCCUUUGAGAAGCGCCUGGAUUACUUUUACGGUAACCUCAAGCAGUGGGCGAAGCAAAACCACCAAUACUUGCACAUGACGGCCCUCACAAAGGACCAGUUGGGAGCUGACACUACACUGCUUGCAAAAUACCUGCAGACUCUAUACGGCUGCGUGUUAGCGGAUUGUGGGAUAGAGGAAGAAAGCUUCCUGGAGGUGAUCUACGAUGGCCUAGUUGCUAUCAACAAGUUUAUGUCGUCCAUCUACCAUCAGCCGUUGUGGGUUGAGGCAGUUGAUGCUGGCCAGAUCGCUGACCUGGGGAUGGACUUCAUGAAAGCCUUCAAUCAUGCGGCAGCUGAAUCCUUGAACCUUGGGGUACCCCGCUUCAAGAUCAUGCCCAAGUUCCACUUCUUUGCCCACUUGGUGCAUUACAUGCGGAAAGCGUGCUCGAAAGGUGAUCCCAGCCUCAAUGUCCUGGCCUACUCGUGCCAGCUUGACGAAGACUUUAUCGGUAGGAUUUCAGGACAGUCGAGGCAGGUGUCAAUCCGGACUGUUCAUGAACGUAGCAUCCAGCGCUACUUCCUGAAUCUGGGCUUACGGUGGUAA